UAUGGCAAUUAUAAGAGAGAGAGAAUAUUAAUGAGAGUUCUGCAUAUAUCCGCUGUUGUGUUUAGUGUGCGAAUGUUGGAAGAAUGGAGGCAAACCCAAGGCCGACAAUGGCGGCAAUACACUACUAAAUUCCAAAAUCCACCCCCAUGCAGUCCAUAGAACCCAGUUCUUGAUUUUUAUUUUUAUUUUUUUUUUCUAUUUUACACUCAGGCAUCCCUAGUUGAAAAUUGAAUGACAAAGAAGAAAUAAGCACUUUUUGGGUUUCUUUUUCUGUUUUCCAUUAUUUUUAGCUGCUUAGAUUUUCAGCCAAGGCGGCAUCAUAUAGGGAUUUUGGUUUGAAGGUGCAGAGUGCAGAAUCAUUCUCUUCCAAGAUUAUCAUGACGAGUAAUCUUAAUCAAAAAAAUCAUGACCGUCAACACGAUUAUGGUCGUGGGACCCUCUCUAACCAUGGCGGAGGUAACGAGAUUGGGGAAAAUAUAUACGUGGAUGAUGUUCGUAGUAGUGGUGGUGGUGGUUCAGUAGCUGUUAAAACUUUGCAGCUUUUUGACAUUAUUCCUUCUUCAACUGACUUGAAAUCCCCAGGGGGAAUGGAGGCAAACGUGGGGUUUCCUUUUACAUCAGAACAAUGGAAGGAGCUUAAAAGACAAGCUAUGAUCUAUAAGUACAUGGUGGCCUCUGUCCCUGUUCCUCCCGAUCUUCUUUUUCCCAUUUCCAGCCAUUAUCCUGCAGUUGCACCAGACCCUUCACUGAAUAGCGGAGGCAUAUUUAACAUGAGAAAUUCAAAAAAUGGGGAUUCUGAACCUGGAAGGUGCAAGAGAACGGACGGCAAGAAAUGGAGGUGUUCUAAAGAUGUUGCUCCAAACCAGAAAUACUGUGAGCGCCACCUGCACAGAGGCCGUCCCCGUUCAAGAAAGCCUGUGGAAGUAAAAAACAAUGGGUCUUUUAACACCAAUCCACAAGCUACCAUUGCUGCCUCUAACCAGUUUCUUGCAUCAAAUGAGACUUCUCUGCUAUACUAUCCCAAAACGGAUGUAAAUAUUUCUACAGCCUCUUGCAAGAAACAUAACAGCAGGGAUUUGGACUUGAUGAUAGAAGCUGAGAUGGUGGCAAUGCGUGUGGCUAAUCCACAAUGGCAGCAUCUGAUGAACACAGAUAUAGCAAAUGAAGGCUCAAUUUAUAACACUAAUGCAUCUGUUUUUUAUCAAGAUUAUGCCGGAAACCAGUCGUUGAAUGUCUUCUCCUAUGCAGAUUACCCAGCCUCUGAUCUUGUUGUUGAUGGUAGUGGUGGUGAUCGGUGCUAUAUAGGAUCAUUUCUCAACCCCAGUUUGGUGUCUUUGGAAAAACACUCACAGAUAGAGACCACAAGGGAAUUCAACGAUGCAUGGUCAAAUAACAAUGGCAAUGCUGACUCCUCUGUAUCAUCAAAUCAAGGGACGUUUUCCCCUUCCUCGCUCACUUUAACAAUGGCAAUGGCUGCUGGAGAUAUCUUAGAUGAACAAAUGGAAAAGAUCGAAACUGGGAGUGGUAUUGGAGACUUUGAUGACCAUAAACAUGAAGAUUCAAGUUGGCUAGACCCCAUUUCUUCGAUGCGUUUUGCACAAGGAGGGCCGUUAGCUGAGGCGUUACUACCCAGAUCAACCACUCUAAAAGGCUCAAAUUCAGCUUCUCCAUAUUAUUCAAUUAGCCCCUCAGCAACUACUGUUUCAUCGCCAUCCGGGGUUCUGAACCGGACAUUGUUUUCACAUUCUGAUGGUAGUGUUUGCAAUAGUCCAACUCUUGUAGCUCCACCAGGAUUAUCAGAAGCUGUUGCAUUGCCAUGGCUCAACUGGGCUUAUGAGUUACUUUGAAGUUGAUUCCUGAAUUUGGUUAUUUUGGGAUGUUGCAAUUUGCUUUUUGUGAUGUGUUUCUUGUUUACUUUGUAUGAGCAUUUUCAAUAGGAACUUCUGCAAUUUGAUACAGCAGAAUGAUGAAUGCUUCUUGAAAGUUCAAUAUGUCUUUGUGAUUGAAUCAUGUCACAAUCAAUAUCUAUAGAUGUAUGAAUUUCACUCUAA